CACCCCAGAAAGCUCACAGCAGAUCACGCACAGUCACGCACGGACACUUAGACAGAGCGCGCGGGAUGCGUGCGAUCUGACGGACAGCUCGUUACAACAGGUAGAAUCAGCAUCAUGACCAGGUCUGUGCGGGAGGAGCAGGCGUCGGGGGAGUCCGAGGAGCAGCAGGAGCUCAGGAGUCCCGCAGGAAGAGACUCAGAGAGGGAAAGAGAAGUGGGGGCCGGUGGAGGAGGAGGAGGGGAGGAGGAGGAGGAGGACCACCUCCACCAUCUGGACGACGAAGAGGACGACGACGACGACGAGGAAGAGGAGGAGGAGGAGGAAGACGGGGAGAACAAGCCCAAGAGGCGAGGGCCGAAGAAGAAGAAGAUGACGAAGGCUCGCAUGCAGAGGUUUAAGAUUCGUCGGAUGAAAGCUAACGCCCGGGAGAGGAACCGCAUGCACGGGCUGAACGAUGCUCUGGAGAGUCUGCGAAAAGUUGUCCCCUGUUACUCCAAAACCCAGAAACUGUCUAAGAUCGAGACGCUCCGCCUCGCCAAGAACUACAUCUGGGCCCUGAGUGAGAUCCUGCGCUCCGGCAAGGCACCUGACCUCAUGAGCUUCGUCCAGGCCCUCUGCAAAGGUCUGUCUCAGCCGACCACUAACCUGGUUGCAGGCUGCCUGCAGCUAAAUCCUCGGACCUUCCUGCCAGAGCAGACGCCCGAUCUGCCAGCUCACCUUCCGCCCGCUGGCGCCGCCGCCUACCCCGGACACUUCUCCUACCAGAGCCCCGGGUUGACAGCCGGCCUGCCCAGCCCCCCCUACGGCACCAUGGACCCCUCCCACAUCUUCCACCAGGUGAAAGGUCAGCCCUACGGCCCACUGGAGCCCUUCUUUGACGGCGUCCUGGUGUCGGACGGCCCAGCGUUCGACCCGCCGCUCAGCCCACCUCUCAGCAUCAACGGGAACUUCUCCUCAUCCUUCAAACACGAGGCCGUGGCUGCAGCCGAGUACGACAAGAGCUUCUCCUUCAGUGUGCACUACGGAGGAGGAGGAGCUGGGGGACACACUGCCAUCUACGGCAACGGGGGGUCCAACCCACGGUGUGCUGACAUGCAGGUGGACGGGCUGAUGGGCUUUGAUGGACACUCGCACCACGAGCGGCUGAUGAACGCCCAGCUGAACGCCAUCUUCCACGACUCCUGA